AUGUUCCAGACAAAACUUCGAGUAGAUAAAGAAUGGCCUGGUGGUUUUGAAGCUGGCUUAGAAAUCCGAAUCGACAAUCAAAUCAUAGAUGGUUGGGAAAUCGAACUACGAUUUGAUCAGGCAGUACUUCUUGAUGUAUGGCUCGGUGAUCUUCGUUCGAAAACAGAUGAUCGAAUCUUUGUCUAUCGAAACAAAGAUUGGAAUGCUCAGUUAUCUGCUGGUUCAGUAUUUGAUUUUAAAUUUGUAGCACAUAAUGGAGUAGCUCCUCAUAAUCUUGUGUGUGCUUUCUUCAAUGGUAAAUCGAUAUUGACAUCUUCAAGUGAGGUCGCCAAUGCUUCACAAACAACAACUUCAUCUCAAUCAACACUGGCAUCAUCGACGUCAACCAGCCUAAUCGUACUCAAUGGCAAAUAUAAUUAUGGUGAAGUGCUUCGUAUGUCACUUCUCUUCUAUGAAUCACAACGAGCUGGUAAACUACCAGCAAACAAUCGAAUUAGCUGGCGAGGUGAUUCAAUGUUGAUGGACAAAGGACAAAAUGGUGAGGAUUUGACUGGCGGCUAUUUUGAUGGUGGUGAUUAUGUUAAAUUCGGUUUUCCGAUGGCUUCAUUUACAACAUUAUUAGCUUGGGGUGCGCUUGACUAUGAAGAUGCUUAUCAACACUCAGGUCAACUCCAUCAUGUUCGAGAAGCUAUUCGAUGGUCGACUGAUUAUUUCAUCAAGGCACAUGUGAGUGAAUAUGAAUUCUAUGGACAAGUUGGUGAUGGAUAUGAUGAUCAUGCAUCAUGGUCAAGACCAGAAGACUGGACUAAACCACGACCAGCAUGGAAAGUGACACGACAACAACCUGGUUCCGAUCUUUUGGCUGAGACAGCAGCUGCUCUUGCUGCCGCUUCACUUGUUUUUCGUUCAUCAGAUCCUAGUUAUGCAUCGACUUUGCUGAUUCAUGCACGUCAAUUGUAUGAUUUUGCCAAUCAAUAUCGUGGCAAAUAUUCGGAUUCGAUUCCGAAUGCUGCUAAUUUCUACAACUCUUGGUCAGGCUAUGGUGAUGAAUUGGGUUGGAGCGCUGCUUGGCUCUUGCAUGCCACUGGUGAACAAGGCUAUCAAACAGAUGUCGAGAAACACUAUGCUGAGUUCGAACUCGAUAGACAACCACAAGAAUUCUCUUGGGAUGAUAAGACAGCUGGUGUUCAACUAUUGAUGGCUAAGAUAACACAAAAACUAACAUAUCGACAACAAGUCGAGAACUUCUGCAACUAUAUUGUUCGACAAGCACCGAAAACACCCAAAGGUCUCGUGUAUCUUGAUCAAUGGGGUACCCUUCGUCAUGCUGCUAAUGUGGCUUUUCUUUGUCUACAGGCUGCUGACAUUGGCAUCAAUACCCAGGAUUCAUGUCCAAACCGGCCAGCUAUUUGCGACUGGAGUGCAUUCAAUAAUCCUGGUCCAAAUCCUCAACUAUUGAUUGGUGCUUUAAUUGGUGGACCUGAUCGAAAUGAUAACUAUGAAGAUCGACGAGAUGAUUAUGUCAAAAAUGAAGUUGCCACUGAUUAUAAUGCUGGAUUUCAAUCUGCUGUGGCUGGCCUUUUGCACUAUCAGCUCAAAGGAUGA